AUGCGCUGGCCACGAGAACAGGGUGAAUUCAGAGAUUUCAUUUAUCACCUCCAUUCCCACCGCGCCGAGUUGGAUUUUGGUGAGUCUGGUGACAUCGAGCUUGCCAGUAGCUUGAAGGCAAGCGAAACAAUCACGUUGCCCAUGAAGAAUUGGAAAAUGCCGAAGAGGGAGCACUUUACACAGUUCAUGAGAUCACAGGGUACGAUGCUCAAGGUAUUGAUGCAGACCAUAUAUUGGAAUCUUGACCUCGCGGAGCAAGUCCCCGAGCUUCAGUAUGUUGAAGUACCCCUCACUGUCCCUUGGUAUUUCAGGACUGAUGAACCUUAA